UACAAGUGAUGCAGGACGUUUGAGGAUAAUUUUUUUUCUUUUUUUGUUGCUUUUGCAAGUCGGAUUUAACCUUUUGUGGACAAAAGCUAUUGUUUGCUGUUGGAGGAUUUUACUCUUUCUGUGACAGCCCUCCUGCUCUCUCCUUAUGUGAAUCAGCUGACAGCAAUGGGGACGCUGCUGCUGUUGUUUGCUGUCUUGCAAGUGGCCACAGUGGGUUUGGUGACCGCUGGAUGCCCGGUGGUGUGCGAGUGUCCGGCAGGGCCCCCAACCUGCCCCCCAGGGGUGAGCUCAGUCCCCGACGGCUGCGGCUGCUGCAAGGUGUGCGCCGCCCAGCUCAACCAGGAUUGCCACGAGGGGCGGCCCUGUGACCACCAUAAAGGCCUGGAGUGCAACUACGGCAACGACGUGGGCCGUACCCAUGGCAUCUGCAGGGCAAAGGCAGAAGGCCGCUCCUGCGAAUACAACGGGCGGAUUUACCAAAACGGCGAGAAUUUCCGUGCCGGUUGCAAGCACCAGUGCACCUGCAUCGAUGGAGCCGUAGGGUGUGUGCCCCUUUGCCCCAGCCAUGUGCCCCUCGCAUCCCCCUCUUGCCCCGCUCCUCAGCUGGUCAAGGUGCCGGGCCAGUGCUGCCUCAGCAUCGACUGCCACAAGGGAACCACCGUCGUGCCCCCGGUGCACCGGCGACCCCAGCUGCCCGCGUACCCGCCGUACCCGUUCAUCCCCUACCCGGCCUAUCCGUACCCGAAGCCUUAUCCGAAACCUUACCGGAAGCUGUACCCCUACAAACCCAAAAAGGACAAGGACACCAUGGGCAACGAGCUGGUGGAGGUGGGGCGCAAGUGGGACAAGCCACGUGGAAACAAGCACCUGGCGGCCUGGAGGCAGGUGGGAGAUCAGUGUGUGGUUCAGACCACUUCCUGGUCCCAGUGUUCCCGGAGCUGCGGGAUGGGCGUUUCCUCUCGUGUUACCAAUGACAAUGCUCGCUGUAAGCUGAUCAAGGAGACGCGUCUGUGCAACGUUCGGCCCUGCAGCUCCAUGACUAUCCCCGUUAAGAAGGGAAGGAAGUGUUCUCGUACCCAUAAAGCCCCGGAGCCCCACCGCCUGUCCUACGCCGGCUGCAGGAGCACCCGCCUGUACCGGCCCAACUACUGCGGCGUCUGCAGGGACGGCCGCUGCUGCUCGCCUCGCCGCACACGCACAGCCAGCGUGACCUUCGCCUGCCCCGAUGGCGAACGCUUCAACAGGUCUGUGAUGUUCAUCCAGUCCUGCAAGUGCAGCGAUGAGUGCAACCAUCUCAACGAGGCCGCCAUGCCUCCACAGCGGUGGCUCUACGGAGACACGCACAAGUUCAAGGACUAGUGGUACUGCCCCGCCCCACCUACAUUCCUUCAUAAAAACAGACUUUUACUCCCCCCCCUAGCAAUACCCAUGAUAGAAUAGCUGUCUUUAGUGUAUCUAUGAGUAGACGCAAGCGAGGUGCACACAUCAAAACAUCUGUUCUGGAAGAUUAUUUGGGGAGGAAUGGGGAGAAGAAGAAUGAAUGAGAUGGGCAAACCUCCAUCUUGGAAAGUGACCAGCCCCUGCUUUAGUGUAGAUAAAAAGUUGUUUCUGGCUUGGCCAGACUACAAACUGUGACUAAAUCUUUUGUGUAGAACAUGGCUGCACGCAACUGCCAUGUUGCUGCCAGGCUCCAAAUGUUCCCUGAACUCUGGGACUUUUAUUGGGAACAGUGGAGCUGAGCUGACACACACAAGCACAACUCUCUCUUGUGUUUUGCCUGUCUUCUAUUAUUGAUGGUGUGGAUUCACAUCACAGUUGCUGAGCAAAGUAUCAGUUAACAGAAAGCUGGCCUUGUGUUGCUUUGGAGACCAGCUGGAAUCAUGUGUCUGUGCACUCCAAUAUGUGAGUAUUGAUAAACCAAAUGAAGACUUGUGUAGAAGACUAGGAUGGUGGCGGCAGAAGAAGAUGGAGGAGCAUCUCAGAUGUUCUGACAGGAAUGGGGUUUGUGUCUUUUUAUGGUAUUUAUUCACUGGUAUUUAUUGUGAGACAGACGUGAUGACACAGUGGCCCGCCACCGGGGAAGGUGGCGCUGCUAUGUUUGGCGCAUCAGCACGGCUGAACGAUGAUCUGAGAGGGACAAAACAGCUGAGAGCUGUCAGUCAUGAGACGGAGAGGAGGACUCCCACAGAUCCAGGACUUGACCCCGGGGUCAGAGGUCACAGUGGUCAGAAAGCCAUAUCUAAUGAUGGAUGAUGAAGGGUGCAGGAGAGGAGAAGGUAUGUACUGGAAAAAGACAGAGUUGAACCUAAUGGGUUGAGGCUUUGUACGCAUUAGUGGGGAAUAUGUCAAAGGUUGUUUACACAGCUGGACUCAUCCCAUGCUUUGCCUCCGCAAGAAACUGAGACAUUUAGCAAGCACCAGAAGAACAAGCCUGGGAUUCUGGCGUCAAGAAGUCGACCACCUAAUUCUGUGCAAAUUACAAUCCUGACUCUGAAGGGCAGCGAGAGAAAAUCAGCCGCUCUCUGGUUUGCUAUAAAAAUAAAAUCUAAAAAACUGCGUGCGCUGAGGUAAACAUGUAAUUUGUGACUUGCGGGUGGAACCGCUCUGGUGCCUAAUGUGGCCUGUAAUCGAGCGGCGCUGCCUUUCACUGAAACAGAACAAUAACUCAUGCCUCCUCGUGCUAAAGUGCGUCUGUUUUUUUCUGAGAAAUGCCGUCGAAGGCCGUCCGUCAACGUGACUGUUGGGAGUUUUUACGCAGGGCCGAGGCUGAUAAAUGUCACUUUUAAAGACAGAUUCGAAGGCAAAGUUUCCUGUAUUCUCUCAUUUCUGUGGCUGAGACCCUUUACUGAAGAACCCGAGCAUCUUCCUGAACGGGCACUUGGGUUAAAGUUAGCGCACCUUACGACAGCCUCGAUUCACGACCUCAUCUCAUUUCUGAGAUUGAGAGGUCGCUUCAAACUUUUUUUUUUUUUUUACUGUAUGCAGUACUUCAAAUGGGUGAUUUCAUUUUUCCUGUUGUGCCAUAAUAUUAGACGUCUUUGCAGGAUUCUGUGAAACUAGAAAAUAUUUUCUAACAUCUCUUGUCUACAAUAAAGUUUUCUGUGAGUCUCUGCUGCCCCGACACCUCAUCAGUGGUUUAAACUUUACAGGUUUUCGGUGUCGUUGCUACUUGGCUGUGUAGAUGCUGUGGUUUUGGUACUGUAUGUGUAGUUUUGUUAAGGGACACGAUAGAGCAGCUAUGUACAGAUGCAUUGUUAACUUCUUUGUAGUUCUAUCUGCUGUAUAAGGGCCAAUCAUUAUACUGAAGUAGUCCACGUAUAGUUUAGCACUGAACGAGGCAGGGUUCAGAUCCUUUACGAGCAUUAAGUGCCAAUUUUGAAAGCAUGAUGAUUGUAUGACUAGUAGUGUACAUUAAUACCAUCUGUAAUAUUCUGUAAGGAGUCAUGCUUGUAAGAUUAUAUGUUUUAAAAAAAAGAGAAAAAAAAAGGACUCAAAAUCAUUUUUCUUUACACGCUCAUCUCGAUUAACUUCUCCUGGAAGUUAAGUAACAUAAAAUUGGUUUCAGAGUUGGAAUUGGUUCAUCAUUUUGCAUUUUUUUGAAUAAAGAAAUUUUCACUCCUAUAA